GAGAACGUUUGUUUCCUUUCCUCAGACCAGUGGAAGAGUAUGUCUCUGGCCUUGAAGAACGCCGGGCACCUCCUCCUACCGGUGCAGGAGAACCUCAUAGACGCCAUCUGGACAGAGCGCCCGGCAAGGCCGUGCCAGCCGCUGAUAACGCUGGGUCUGAACUACACAGGCGUAUCCUGGCAAGAGAAGAUUGCGGCACUGCGGGCCAAGAUGGCGGAGCGAAAAACUUCAUGGAUCGUUCUGACGGCACUGGACGAGGUUGCAUGGCUGUUUAAUCUCAGAGGCUCGGAUGUGGCGUAUAACCCCGUAUUCUUCUCAUACGCCAUCGUAGGAAUGGAAUCCAUCAGGCUUUUCAUUGAUGGUGAGCGUCUGGCGGACCCGGCGGUCAGGGCGCACUUACUGCUGGACUCGUCUCCGGCCACUGAGUUCAGGAUCCAGCUGGAGCCAUACGGGUCCAUACUGAGCGCUCUGCAGGGUGUCUGUGCUGGACUUUCCCCUAAGGAGAAGGUGUGGAUUAGUGACAAGGCCAGCUACGCGCUCUCCGAGGCUAUUCCCAAGACUCAGAGGUACCUGUCGCAGUACACGCCCAUAUGUCUGGCAAAGUCAGUGAAAAACGCUAUGGAGAUUGAAGGAAUGCGACGAGCUCACAUAAAGGACGCCGUGGCCCUCAGUGAACUGUUCUGCUGGCUGGAGAGAGAGAUCCACAGUGACAACAUUACAGAGAUAAGCGCUGCGGAUAAAGCAGAAGAAUUUCGAAGCCAACAACACGACUUUGUUGAGCUCAGCUUUACCACCAUCUCCAGCAGCGGACCGAACGGGGCAAUCAUUCAUUACCAACCAGUCCCUGAGACCAACAGAAAAUUGUGUGUCAGUGAAGUUUUCCUCUUGGAUUCCGGUGCCCAGUACAAGGACGGUACGACCGAUGUGACCAGAACGAUGCAUUUCGGAACCCCGUCGGAAUACGAGAAGGAAUGUUUCACGUAUGUUCUGAAAGGCCACAUAGCCGUCAGCUCCGCUGUUUUCCCCAACGGGACGAAAGGACACCUUUUGGACUCCUUCGCUCGCUCAGCACUAUGGGAGGCCGGGCUGGAUUAUCUACAUGGGACGGGGCACGGCGUGGGAGCCUUCCUUAACGUCCACGAAGGUCCCUGCGGGAUCAGCUACAAAACAUUCGCAGACGAACCCCUGGAGGCUGGAAUGAUUCUCUCCGAUGAGCCGGGGUAUUAUGAAGACGGAUUAUUUGGGAUCAGAAUUGAGAAUUUAGUCCUGGUGGUCCCUGCUAAAACCAAGUACAACUUCCGAGAUCGGGGAAGUCUGACCUUCGAACCCAUUACACUGGUCCCUUUUCAGAGCAAAAUGAUCAACGUCGACCUACUGACACAGAGAGAGGUGGAUUGGGUGAACGAUUACCACAAGAAGUGCCGGGAAGUAGUUGGCGCCGAGCUGGAGAAACAAGGACGCCACGACGCCCUCCAGUGGCUGAUCAAGGAAACGCAGGCCAUCUGCAAAUCCCAUUAACUCUUUUCUAAAGUAUUUUUUAUCCUCAGCGUUGUCAUUUUACGUGGCGCUC